UUCUUUAACAGUUUAACCCAACUCACGAACCUCCUGAGUCAUACAGAGAACGAAAGUAGAAGAACCCGUUGAUUGAUUGAUUGAUAAACAAGUCGAGAGAAAAACCACCAACGACUGUGCAGUUCCUUUCCGUCGCACUUGCAACCGCAAAGCGAACAGAUUGAUAGCUCCGAUCUCAACCAUGGCGAUGACCGUACACGCCUUGCUGGGUUGGCUUUUAUGUUUUCCUCUAGUAUUUUGCUUCAGAUUCUGGCAUGUGCCAUAUACAACAAUUGGUGGCCCAUGUUAUCAGCUCUGAUGUAUGUGCUGGUACCUAUGCCUUGUUUAUUCUUUGGAGGUGGGUCGACUCAAUUUCUGAUGAGCCGUGAUGGUGGGGGUUGGAUGGAUGCUGCAAAGUUUUUGACUGGAGCAUCAGCUGUGGGGAGCAUAGCCAUUCCUAUAAUCCUUAAGCAUGCUCACAUGAUUGAGACUGGAGCAAUGCUCAUUGAGCUAGUAUCGUUCUUCAUAUUUAUAUGCACUGUCAUGUGUUUCCACCAAGCGAGCCUUGACGACGAUUGGUGAUAAAGAAUUCCGUAGUUCUUACGUCUUGCUAGUCAUUAGGGAUUGUUACUCUUAAAAAGAAAACGAAGGAGUGAAACUUAUUACAGCCCUGGAAACAAAAGUGUAUGAUCAAACAUCUGGAAUGUAAAGUUCUACCAGUGAUUGCUUUUUCAUCAACUUA